AAUCCUUGAUUUUAGGGAGUCGAUGGACUAUCUUCAGCUGCUUAUCGCGGCGACUGAGAUUGUACUCGCCAGCGAUCAACGCACGAAUGACAACAUUCCUCUGGAUUCCGCCGAGCUCGGGGUCUCUGGAGUGCUGAAGCCCCACCAGAUUGAGGGCGUCUCUUGGCUUAUCCACCGUUACGAGCUUGGCGUCAACGUCUUGCUUGGAGACGAGAUGGGCCUUGGAAAGACUGUUCAGGCUAUUGCUUUCAUGAAUUAUAUCAAGAUGCGGAACAUUUCUCCUGGACCAUUCUUGGUACUGUGCCCUCUAAGCAUCACAGAUGGAUGGUUUUCAGAAUUCAAUAAAUUCUGUCAAAAUUUGACGGUUCUUAGAUAUGUUGGUGAUAAAGAACGCCGUCGCACCCUUCGAAGGAUGAUGCAUGAACACCUGCAAAAACAAUCUGUAACAUGUAAUGUUGGAGAAGCUUCUUUUAACUUUGAUGUGUUGCUGACAACUUAUGAGAUAGCACUAUCCGAUCAAGAUUUUCUCUCACAAAUUCCCUGGCAUUACGCUGUCAUUGAUGAGGCUCAGCGCCUCAAAAAUUCCAAUAGUGUUUUGUAUAGGGUGCUUGAGCGGGACUAUCUCAUUCCUAGACGAUUGCUAAUGACCGGCACACCAAUACAGAAUAAUCUCUCUGAACUUUGGGCAUUAAUGCACUUCUGCAUGCCAGCUGUGUUCGGGACAUUGGAACAAUUUGUUUCCACAUUUAAGGAAGUUGGAGAUUCAUUAACAGGUAAAAGUUCAAAUAGAACUAGAGAGCAAUUUAAAAUUUUGAAGCAUGUGCUGAAAGCAUUUAUGCUUCGGAGGACAAAAACAAUGCUUAUUGAGAGAGGAACCCUGACGCUGCCCCCGCUUACAGAGAUUACUGUGUUAGGUGAAUAUCUGUUAUUUCAUCUUUGCAGAUUGGUGCCAUUUGUGACCCUGCAAAGAAAUAUCUACAUGUCAAUAUUGAGGAGGGAACUUCCUGCACUUCUUUCACUCACAUCCGGGGCUUGCACUCAUCAGUCUUUGCAAAACAUUGUAAUGCAGCUCCGCAAAGUCUGUAGUCACCCUUACUUGUUUAAUGGAAUUGAGCCAGAACCAUAUGUGGAAGGUGAACACCUAGUUCAGGCAAGUGGUAAACUUAUCGUUCUGGAUCUACUACUUCAGAAGCUUCAUGCAAAUGGCCAUCGUGUUCUUAUUUUUGCUCAAAUGACUCAUACCCUUGACAUUCUACAGGAUUUUCUGGAACUGAGGAAGUACACCUAUGAGCGCCUUGAUGGAUCUGUACGUGCUGAGGAGCGUUUUGCUGCUAUAAGAAGCUUUGGUCUUAAUAUCAUUGGAAAUAUCAUGGAACCUCAGGGUAAACAUAAUGGAGCUUUUGUGUUCAUGAUCUCGACGAGAGCAGGAGGUGUUGGACUUAAUCUGGUGGCUGCAGAUACUGUUAUAUUUUAUGAGCAAGACUGGAAUCCCCAGGUUGACAAGCAAGCUUUGCAGCGUGCCCACCGUAUUGGUCAAAUUAAUCAUGUACUAUCUAUAAAUCUUGUAACGCAAAACACAAUAGAGGAGGUCAUAAUGAGGAGAGCUGAGAGGAAGUUGCAGCUCAGCAAAAAUGUUAUGAGUCGAGAAACUGAACACGAUAAGGCAGGGAAGGAUGACUGGAUUGAAGCUGGCGACAUGCGAUCUCUUAUUCUUGGUUUACAAGUUUUUGAUCCCACAGAUAAUAAUACCAACAAUUGCAAUGUGGAAAACAUGGGGAAAUUGAGUUCAAUGACAGAAAAAGUAGUACAGAUGCGUAAUUAUGAGCAGCUAAACAAGGAUGGUCGCAUAUUUGAAAUUAAUCCUAUAGAUAUUUUGUGCAAAAAGGCCACAUCCUUUAAUUUUGAACUUGAACUUGAUGAAGAUUCUUACCUAUCUUGGAUUGAGAAAUUCAAAGAAGUUGGUGCAUCUGCUCAGAAUUCUAUUGAGGAAUUUCAAAAGAGGAAACAUUCGUUAGAAGAAAGGCAUCUAAAACAAGAAGCUGAUAGAAGGAAGGCAGAAGAGAAGAAACUAGCCAAAUGGGAAGCCCUUGGUUACCACUCAUUUGCUGUUAAUGAGCCUGAUGUCAUAGUUGAGAACGACUUGAUUUCAGAUUAUGGAUCUAUUCAGUUUGUGUAUGGUGAUUGUACUAAACCCAACAGAGUUUGUCCAUCAAAACCUGCUAUUAUAUUCAGCUGUCUGGAUACUUCUGGAAACUGGGGUCGUGGAGGCAUGUUCACUGCACUGGCGAAUCUCUCAGCAAGUAUUCCAGAUGCUUAUCACCGGGCUUUCAAAUUUGGAGAUCUUCAUAUGGGUGAUCUGCAUUUAAUGAAGUUGAAUGAUGGAGAAAACAACAUCAUGACCGAGGCUCCUCUCUGGGUGGCCUUAGCUGUGGUACAAUCAUAUAAUUCCAGACGGAAGGUUCCACGGAGCAAUAUCUCUUUAGAUGAUCUGGAAAAAAGCCUCUCAAAAGCCUCUGCAUCUGCUUCUCAAAAUUCUGCAUCUAUUCAUAUGCCACGGAUUGGUUAUCAAGAUGGAUCUCAGCGAUCAGAAUGGUACACAAUAGAGCGUCUUCUUCGUAAAUAUUCUUCAAUAUACGGCAUUAAUAUCUUCAUCUAUUAUUAUCGGCGUAGUCAAUGAUUAGAGAAACUAGAUGACACCAGGCCCUGCGUGCAUGGAGCGCUAGUUAUAGUUUUCUUAUUGAGGUAUUUACAAACAUACCACUCAAUUCCUCUGUAUUUACAUAUCUAACACCAAACAUCACUCUCUCUUUUUUAUUUGUGCCUGCUAAGCCUGCUAAUUCUUUGUAACUUUUAAAAAAUGAAUUACAUCUUUUCAUUCAAAGAUAUGGUGGCACAUGUAAAAAUUAAAGUUUAGGUGUUACAUAUAUAAAUACAUAGAAAUUAAGUGGAAUGUAUGUAAGUCUUUCUUUUCCUACAGAAUUGGAGAGAGUUUCAGAGUUGGCUUAUGAGUAAGAAAUAGUAGUUGUUGUGGAAGAAACGCUGGUGUAAUUUUCUUUUGUGAGGAUUUGUGUUGGUGCUGCUUAAGGAUAUUAAUCUAGUUGUGGUGUUUGUGAAGUUCCUAUUUGAGUUGAUAAUUAGAGU